AUGGCCAAACAUGCCGUGCAUUCCAACUUGAGAGGCAUGAAAAAAACCCGUUCGGGGUGCUUGUCUUGCAAACGACGAAAGAAGAAGUGUGACGAGGACAGACCUAGAUGCUCAAAUUGUACAAGACUGAAUCUUGAAUGCAGUUACCAGUUGCUUUUGAAUUGGAAUAAGCUUCACCAGAUAACAGCUGGUGGUCAGAACUUUUUGAAUUUGAGCAAAGAAAGCUCAUUUUUACCGCUCAUCAACUGUUCGCUAUGGGAGGUCAGUUUGAGUUACUACUUCAAGGAUACCUCUGAAUCACACUUGACCCCGAAAUUGAAUACGCUUUUCAAGAAAAGUGACUCAGAUGACGAAGAAGAUGAUACCGAACUUAUUGAAGUGUACGAAACAUCUCCGGGCUAUCUCUUCGAACAUUACAUCAAAAACAUUAGCAUGACCAGGACCUUCUCCGACUCCAACAACACUUUCAAUGAGUUUUUCUCCAUUAUCAUCCCUCGUUGCAAUGAUUUCGCUGCCCUAUACCAAUCAGUUUUGUGCAUGUCUGCUAUAGAUCUUCUAAAGCAGGAAAAAAAUACCAAGAAACCGAAUGCUGCCCUAAUCGGUACCUAUCAAACGCUAUUUUUAAAGUUCAAGGACCAGGCCAUCAAUGAGCUUCACCUCAUUCUCGACAACCACGACAUCUCUGAACUCAAAACUCUGGAAGAGCUUGUGGUUACAAUAAUGAUAUUGUGUUCCUCGGAGAUUGCCAAUAGUUGUGACAAAAAUUGGGCAAACCUCAUGAAAGAGGGAUGCCUGGUGUUUUCGUCUUUGGAACCAGACCAGAUCCUGAGCUCAAAUGUUCUGAUGUUUGUCUACAGAUAUUUCAGUUUGAGAUAUGUCUUUCUGAUUUGCACUCUGAAAAGCAACAAAUUCACUGAUUUUGUGGAAAAGUGUCAGUGGAACACACUCGGUUCGUUCUUCGAUAACGACACAAUCGACCAUAUGUUCGGGUGCUCUCCCCGUCUUCUCUACACUAUCUAUCAGCUUGCCUCACUGAACCAUCUUCAUGACCUCAAUACCAUUGAGAUAGAAGAUUUGGAAGCAAAGUACAUGGAAAUAUGGGAAGCCCUUUGCAAUCUGGACCAAAAGUCGUCUGAGAAUUCCACGGAGCUGGAACUCUGUGCUCAUGCCUAUUUUCUUGGGACGAAGGUCUACCUCUGCACUCUUUUAUCUAUGGGAAAACUCCGAGCAUAUUACAUGUUCCGAAAGACCUUGGAGUCGCUGAUACCCGAGCUCUCCGAGGUCCUGAUGAAGCUCAGCAAGGUGAACUCCAAGGUAUUUUUUCCCAGCUGGAGCCUUCUGAUUUUGUCAUCAUGCCUAGUGAACACUUCUGUAGGAGAGACUAACAGGCUCGCUGUGAUAGAAAUUCUCAGGGUGCUAAGGAAAAAAUGGCCUUUCAGCACGAUUCUUCAUCUUAAGCAGGCUAUUCAAUCCAUAUGGAACAUCUACGAUCUGUGCAUUGAUGAUCCUUCCGGAUUUCUGGGAUUUGCAUCAACAGAAAGCUUCAGUUCACAAAAUGAUUGGAGGAACAUUUUGGAUCAAGUUGGGCUGUUGCUUCCGUUAGUGUAA